AUGGCUAGGCCUCGAGAAGGCUCGUCUGUUUCAUCCACCUCCGAAUCAGACCCUGAGAACGAGGGCUUGUUGGGGUUUUUCGAGGGUAUCGCUCACUCGUUUGUCGAUACCAACUUUUCAGACGGCGAUGAAUCAACUUCUGCUUCGACGUACAUAUCCUGGCGCAUGCCCUCAAAUGAGUUUAUCGAGAGAGAGGCUCUCAAGCUCCAAAUAUCAUCUCGAUGCCGCAUCUGCAACCGUCGAGGACGAGCUGGGCAGCUUUUGUUCUGCACUGGGUGUGGCAAUUCCAAGCGGCCUGCUCAUAGAGCAUGCUUAGCGAGGGAUCGGCAACACGUUAUGGGCCCUCGAAGACGACUUAGCGUUGGCGAGGAAGAGUGCAAAGAGGUAGAAUAUUCCGACUAUGUCUUCACUCGGUAUCUCCUCCAACCCCCUGCGCCCAAGUUAAAACCGGAAUUACAUGCCAAAGAUGCGACAUGUGCUUGGAUCGGAGUUCCGUCCCUACAGCGGUUUGACAAACCACAGAUCCACGUUUGGCCUCGCCUUCAAGAUCUUCUCCAAAUGUCACGAAACGUCAAGCCUGGUCAAUAUCCCAUACUUGUCUCGUUUAUUGGCGAGACAGGUUCGGGAAAAAGCACUUUGAUACGAACGAUGAUCCAGAUGGCCCGGCCCGAUCACCCAGAAGGAGAGUCCGUUCCUGUGCCUGGGUCUCCAAGUGAUCGGUUUGCGUCCACGAGCAGUGACAUCCACGCCUACAGCGAUCCUCUUACCCUCUCGACAAAGUAUCCAAUAGUCUAUGCUGACUGUGAAGGUUUUGAGUCUGCCGAGCACAAAGUACUAAAAUACUGGCAAGACAAACAAGACAAGCUCCUGAGAGAAGUGAACCAAUUCUUAAGCGGUGCCGAGAGCAGGAUCAAUGUUGAAUGGGGCAAACUGGACUACCCAGACCCACAAGCAUCAGUUAUCAUGGAAGACUCAGAUGGGCGCAGGCUGCGCACAGUCCAAAACAACACUCGAAAGCUCAUCGUGAAGUAUCUGUACCCCAGAGUCCUCUAUGGUUUCUCUGAUGUAGUUUGUUUCGUCACGACCAACGGAAGGCAUAGCAGGACCUCUGACAGUUUCUUGGGUCAGCUAAUUGACUGGGCUCAACAUUCACACGACCGAAUCCUCAAUCAGCGAACAAAACCUGCUCUUAUUGUCAUUCUCAAUAUCGUUGUUGAUAUGGACGACAGCUCAUCUUCUGAUGCGACUGAGGAUCUUCUUCGAAGUUUCCAAAGGACUGAACGGUUUCGAGCGCUGCAGUCUCUCUGGGAAGAGAGAGAACAUCCAAUUCGAAACACCGCCGAUCUACUCCUUUGCUACUAUAGCGACUUCAAGGUAGUUCUUGUACCUGCCAUAAGUUCCAGGAGUUCGCCGGCAGAUGCAACCUCUGUGGGCAAAAGCAUUAGGCGGCUAUACGAGACAAUCCGAGGAUCGGUUUCCAAGGUCCGCAACGCCAAGGCUAACAGUGGUACAGAAUCAGACUUGGCUACUCUCAACACUCACAUGAACAGAUCUUUGAGUGUUUUGGGGCAGGACCUUCGUGCUGCGCUUGAUCUUCACGACAUAGUAAUGAGUGAUUCUUCGAUCCCGACUAGACUGAGCGAUCAUAUGGCAUCAACUCUACGUCAAAUGUGUAUCUUGCGCGAAAUUGACCGUACUGAUGCGAUUGGAGGCGAAGAGAGAGUCGUGAGCGAAUUCACCCCCUACGUGGGUGCAUGUAUCGUCGCCCAAACUUGCCGUAUUCAAGACAUUGGUAUGUUCAUGCCUUCAUAUAUGGGGGAAGAACUGGUGGCUGAAGCUCAAAGCGGUCUUCAGAAGUUUCGCUGGCUAUACUGGCGAUGUGAAGCCCUAGAGCGAAGAACUGGCCGAAGAUGUCGAAAUUAUUACAAUGGCCACUACAAGGGACACCAAUUCAAUAGACCCAACGACGAACUGGAGGAUGUGAAGGGUCUCAAUCGAAGAGGAGGUGAAUCAAAUCACAGAUGUUCGUGGCAUCCUGAUCAAUUUGUAAAGCGUUUGCGGGAAGCGAUUGCACAAAACCAGCAAGAUGACCGAGUCAUGGAAAGACUAACUUACUUGGCGAGAACGAUACGACUGACAGAACUGCAGAGCCAGCGGACGUGCUUUUCUUGUCUGUCUAACUGUCCAACUAAUAUGCUUCCAUGUGCGAGGUUUCAACACGGGAUUUGUCAAAAAUGUCUUGAGCGGUUUGCUCUGCAGAGAAAUGGAGGAUCUAUCUUGGUGAUUGAGCAUUGCCCCCUUGGAUGUGCUCUGAGAACUGGAACGUGGAGCAUUCGAAUUAAGCCGAAGCACGCAGCGCCACGCGUGUUGUCACUCGAUGGUGGAGGAGUCCGUGGCAUUGUAGAGCUUUGUGUUUUGCGUCAGAUCGAAAGGCACGUUGGCUAUGGUAUCGCAAUCCAUGAGCUUUUCGAUCUCGUGGUAGGAACAAGCACAGGUGGCAUCGUUGCUCUUGGUGUCUUCCACCAGCGUUGGUCAACGGACGAUGCCAUCAAUAGGUUUCGGGCACUGGCACGACGAGCUUUCACGCCUCGAUUGGGACUCGGAAACUCUUUUCUCAAAGCCAUUGCGCAGCCAUUCUAUGAGUUUCUCUAUACAAGUGAGGGUAUAGAACAGUCACUGCAAGACUCUUUUGGUAACUCAAAUCUGUUCGGUGCAUCUUUGGGUAAGAGAAACAGGGCUGGCGGAAGGGAUUGGGUCAAAGUCGGCGUUGUUUCUUGUUUGCAGGGACGAAAUCAGGCAAAGUUGAUUGCCAAUUAUUCCAGGAACCCAAGAGCAGACACUGAUGAAGAUGAUUACCUUUCGCGUGAAGAUGAGCAGUCAAAUGAUUUCAAAAUAUGGGAAGCAGCGAGAGCGACAUCCGCGGCACCGACAUUCUUCCAACCCUUCGUCCACCCCGAAACGAAACGAACAUACGUGGAUGGAGCUCUUAUGCACAACAACCCAGUAGCUUUAGCCUAUUCCGAAGUUGAGAAAAUCUGGCCUGGCUCCCUUCCUCCUGAUAUCAUUUUGUCAGUCGGUACUGGAAUGGUUGUUGAUUCCAAGUCAGGAGAGAUGAAGACAAAACACAAUUCCAAGCUGGAGCCUUUCAAAAAGUGCAUUCCUAAAGGCUACCUGAUGCGAAUAGAGGCUGGACUGGGAAUUAUCCAGAGCUCAACGAGCUGUCACGAGGCUUGGAAAGAAUUCAGAAGUAUGUCCGUUACAGACCGUCGACUUAGGCAUAACUCUCAUCGGCUCAAUGUUGGCUUGAAACAGCGCGUGGAAAUGGACGAUGUUGAGAAAAUGAAUUCCCUAAUUGAAGAGUGUGAGGAGUACCUUUGCGAUGGUACAAACAUGUUCUAUUUCGACAAAGCAUACAGAACAGCCCCUGAACACCUUCAAACAGUAGCGAGGCGACUCUUGGCAUCCCUGUUCUACUACGUCGGGCCUCUCGAGAGGACCAUGAAGAGGGGGAAAUGUGUUGGGAAGAUAUUUUGCAGAUUAGAGGCAGGUUCCGCGUCAGCAAAGGAACUGUUACGAGACCACGUGCGAUUCAGGCUUGGUCAGAUUCCGGAAAAUAGCACGAAGGCAGUGUAUCCUCGCAUCCUCCAUCAUCGCGAUAGCAAAGGCUGGGAUGCAACGGAUCUUUCAGCCCUUGUGGUUCUCAGGGUGGAAGAAGGGGCGUGCAAGCGCUGGAUCGAGGUGAAUCUGCCUCACUGGAGGGAUGAGUGGGAGCCCAUCUCUGGAUUCCAGUCUCAGAGGCGCACUAAUAUGUGA